AUGGCGGAAGAUCAGUUAUUAACGCACAAUCAUGCUAUGGCAAUAUUCAGAAAUAGCAUCGCUGAGAUGACGAAGGAUAGCUUACUUGCUUCUUUACCCAAUGAUGUGACUAUCGAUGAAGUAAAUUCGCUUAUUGCUCUAGAUUACGGCCUUGCUAUGACCGUGACUGUUUGCAAAGAUAGUCGUGAAAGGAUAGCUGUUAUUGUACCCCAGACUGCAACAAUCAAGCAGUUUAAGAAAGCUUUUCAACGUCAAACAUUACUCCACCUUAAACGUAAAGGAGAAUCUAGGCGAAUUAACUGGAAAUAUUAUUGGAAAUCAUACUGGCUAAUCUAUGAAGGUAUAAAGCUUGAAAAAGACGACUCUAACUUGAUAGACUAUGGUAUAGGAAAUGGAGCAAUGCUAACUUUCGCGAAAAGACUUCAACAGAAGGGAAGAGUAAAAUCAUAUAAUGCGCAAUUGUGA